ACACAUCGGAGAGCAUAUACAAAAUCAAUUAUAACCAUUUCUCUAUAUAAGAGAGAACCAUUGCUGGUCGCAAUCAGUUCCGUUUUUGCUCUUCGGCGAAUAGCACACACUAAGCGCACGCCCAAAAUGGAUUUCUACUACUCGGGUCGUGGGUCUGGAUGCCGCUCAAUUAUAAUGGUGGCCAAAGCUCUCGGUUUGGAGCUGAACAAGAAGCAGUUGCGACUCUCAGAGGGCGAGCACCUUAAGCCAGAGUUCCUGAAGCUCAAUCCCCAACACACCGUCCCCACUCUGGUGGACAACGGAUUCUCCAUUUGGGAGUCGCGCGCCAUCGCCGUUUAUCUGGUGGAGAAAUACGGCAAGGACGACUCCCUCUAUCCCAAGGAUCCUCAGAAGCGGGCCUUGAUCAAUCAGCGCCUGUACUUUGAUUUGGGAACCCUGUUCGAUUCCUUCUUCAAAUACUAUUACCCCUUCAUCCGUAAUGGUCAGUAUGGAACUGCCGAAGACUUCAAGAAGGUCGAAGCUGCCUUUGAGUUCCUUAACAUUUUUCUCGAGGGUCAGGAUUACGUGGCUUGCAACCAGUUCACUGUAGCCGACAUUGCCAUCCUGGCCACCGUUUCCACUUUCGAAAUCGUUGAGUUUGACAUUGCCAAGUACCCCAACGUAGCCAGGUGGUACGCCAAUGCAAAGAAAUUCACUCCCGGAUGGGAAGAAAACUGGGAGAAAAUGCUGCCAAUGAAGACAAUAUUCGAGGACCGAAAGCACCACGCAGAUAUGGAUUUCUACUAUACGCCUCUAGGCAGUGGAUGUCGCAUUGUUGUUAUGGUAGCGAAGGCCGUAGGAGUUGAUCUGGAUAGGAAGCAUUUGGAUACCUCAAAGAUGGAACACCUUAAGCCUGAGUUUCUGAAAAUCAACCCCCAACACACCAUUCCCACACUAGUCGAUCAUGGAUAUUCUUUUUGGGAAUCUCGUGCUGUCGCAGUCUAUUUGGUGGAACAAUAUGGAAAAGACGACACCCUUUUCCCAAAGGAUCCCAAGAUACAAGCUGUUAUUAACCAGCGUCUUUAUUUUGACAUGGGAACUUUGUACGUGGCUUUAGCCGAUUAUUAUUAUAAAGUUUUUGCCACCGGCCAUUUCGGCACUGCUGAGCAAUUCAAAAAAGUGGAAGACAGCUUCGAGUUGUUGAAUACCUUUUUAGAGUGCCAGGACUACGUAGCUGGUGAUCACCUCACGGUGGCUGAUAUUGCCAUCCUCGGCAGUGUUUCCACUUUCGAUGCCCUCGAAUUCGACGUAAACAAAUAUCCCAAUGUUGCCAAGUGGUAUACGAAUGCAAAAAAGAUUACUCCUGGUUGGGAAGAAAACUGGGAAGGUGCCAUGGAGUUAAAGAAGGUAAUUGAAAAGAAAAAAUGCAGCACAACAAAUAAAUCCUAAAUAAUUUA